CACUUUCUGCUACAGAAUCUUGAGACCAUGUUUACAAGAGUUGGAAAGGUCGAAGUAUCAUUAGCAGUAUUUUAGUUCCUGAGUAGAAGUUACCUUCUGUUGGGACAAGCAUUGAUGCAUUCUCAACCCAAACAAACUUACCAAUUGUAGGAAAGUCAAGGACACCAGAAAAAUGACGCCCAGUUCGAAUGAUCCCGCGGAGGCCAGGAAACGCCGAAAAGAAAUUAUUCAAUCGCAGCGCUCUGAGAACGAACUAAUUGCAAAUGGUUCAGUGGUUGCAUCUUCUAGCCAUCCUCCAGCCAUUUCAUCAGCGAUGGAUGGAAUCCAAGUCAAUAGUGCAGUCGACCAUGUCGAAGGCCAACCAACCAACAUUUCUAAUAAUGAUCCCAGUAGCAAUGGGGCCGACAAGAAACCUCCGAAGAAACGAAAACUUGGUUCUGGAGACCCCAAUGGGAGGAAAAAUAACAAGAAAGAUAGCGGCAAGUCAAAGAAAACCCAGAUUCGGUAUGAUCCGGAUGUCCCCAUGAAUAAGGAUCAGCUUGCUGCCUGGCGAAGGGAAGCCAGGCGCGUUCGUAACCGGGAAAGUGCCGCAGCAAGCCGCCAGCGAAUCCGCAAUCGCAUUUCUGAAUUGGAAGAGGAAGUCGGAGAAUGGAAAUCGAAGUAUUCCAUUGCACUCCAGAGAUUGGAAGCACUGGAACAACACAUCGCGGCGAACGGGAACGGAGAGAGUAGCAUAGGUGUACAGGGAGAGCAGGAACCAAAGGAAGAACCACAAGAACAGAAUCCACCGUCAGACCAGCCCACGGAACAGCAUCCACAGGAACCUGGCCAGCAACCCACAGAGCAGCCGCUAGCCAGCUCUGAUAAUGCUAAUGUCUGAAGAUUGCGACAACAUGAUUAAGCUCUGAUUGGAUGAUUUCGUAGAAGUUUCAUGACAAUCAUCUCAAUUGCUCAUCCUGAGAGUUGGGAAAAAGAAAUGUUUGUGAGAUUCUCUUCAUACUAGACUGGGAAAGGGUGUGAGCAUGUUACAUCGACAUAUGGAUGUGCUCAAUGCAACUGAAUAAGUUUUUGUAAACUAC